CCUCAAAAGCGUACGGAAGAGGAGAUGGAGUCUGUGUUUGAAGAGCUGUUGCACAUCAAAGCGCUGUCACAUCUCUCCAAUUCGGUUAAGAAAGAGUUGGCCGCUGUUAUCGCCUUCGAGUCUCAUCCGAAAAAGCAAACUAUUUUAUUCAACCAGGGCGAUUCGGGCACCUGUUGGUACAUUAUACUGAGCGGAUCGGUGAACGUGGUGAUCGCCGGCAAAGGGAUUGUGUGCACUUUGCACGAGGGCGACGAUUUCGGCAAAUUGGCCCUCGUCAAUGAGGCGCCGAGAGCGGCCACAAUUGUCACCAAUGAGUCCAACUGUCAACUUCUUCGGGUCGAUAAGUCCCACUUCGACCGAAUCCUACGGGACGUCGAGGCGAACACUGUCCGACUCAAAGAGCACGGGAAGGAAGUACUCAUUCUCCAGAAGAUGGCCAACACUCACACCAACAAUCAUAUCACAGCCUAUGAGACCAAUGUAUCUCAUUAUAAGUGA